CCACACACACAUCGCGCGUCUUCCGGCACCUCUGCGGUCGCUUAGCCGCGCUCCUGUCGCUAUCGAGCCGCGCCGUCGCCUCGAGCGCAUUCCAGUCGCGGCGCAGAGCGUGGACGCGGAACAUUCCUGCCGAGGAGAGGUGCGAGGUGGACUCACCCGAGCAGCAGGUCCGUUUGUGACAAAAUAAAUGCCACCAUUCGGCCGCUCGAGUCGCACUUCGUCCGCAGGUGCACCGCACCCGGCAUCUACGCAAACAUGGACCGCGUAAAGGAGGCAUUGGAACGGGGACAGUGACAGCCUGCGCUCUCUUGAAGGCGUGUUCGGGCCAUGGCGGGCUGCUGGGAUCAUUACCGGCGCAUCUGCAUGUGUUUCCUCUCGGAAGAGGAGAAGACUUCCCUCGCCGUGGACAACGAGAUCAAGAAGCAACUCAAGAGGCAGAAGCGGCAGGAGCGGCGAGAGGUGAAAGUCCUUCUGUUGGGAACCGGCGAGAGUGGCAAAACUACCUUCAUCCGCCAGAUGAGGAUCAUCCACGGACGGGGCUUCUCAGAGGAGGAAAGGAAAGGAUUUGCUGAAUGCAUCUUCCAGAACAUCUUCACGGCCAUCAAGGCCAUGACAGGAGCCAUGACCAUGCUUAAAAUUCCCUACUCCAACGCAGAAAACGAGUUCUAUGCCAGUAAGAUCAAGAAUGUGAAUCCGGUGCAGAUCACCAAGAUGGAUAGAGAUUACGUGGAUGCUAUCCGCCGCCUCUGGGCCGACUCUGGCAUGCGGGUCUGCUACAGUCGACGCUGCGAGUACCAGCUACUGGACUCCACAGAAUACUACAUGAGCCAACUCGACCGCAUCGCAGAGCCGGACUACGUCCCCACGGAACAGGACGUGCUGAGGGUUCGAUUCCCCACCACGGGCAUCCACGACUAUGCCUUUACCAUCAACAAGAUUACACUCAGGAUCGUGGACGUAGGUGGUCAGAAGUCAGAGCGCCGGAAAUGGAUCCACUGCUUUGAGAACGUCACCUCGCUCAUCUUCCUGGCCUCCCUAAGCGAGUACGACCAAGUCCUGGAGGAGAGUGACACUACUAACCGCAUGGAGGAGAGCCUGGCUUUAUUCUACACCACCAUCCAUUCACCGUGGUUCCAUACCACCUCCAUCAUACUCUUCCUCAACAAAACUGACCUCCUGGCUGACAAAAUACUAACCUCUGACCUGAAGAAAUACUUCCCUGGCUUCGCAGGUAAGACACAGGAUGCGGAAGAGGCCAAAAAAUACAUCCAGAAGCUGUACCAGCAGCAGACCAGGAACCCGAACAGCAGGGGGGAAGGGAAAAACUUCUACCUGCACUACACUUGUGCCACAGACACGGACAACAUUCGCAAGGUGUUCAGCGACAUUAAGGACACGGUGCUGCUAAAAUCUCUGCGGGAGUUUGGCAUCUUCUGAACUUUUAACAGACUUAUUGUACGACUAUUUUUAGAAGGACGGUGAAAAUGAAGGCCAGCUUUUUAUUGCACACGUGAAGGAGCCCGACACAUCUAUUUUCUGGAUUAGCUGGAUGAAGCCGAUCCCAGCCAAUCAGAGUGCACAUAAUGUACAGCCGAACAACCAUUUGAAUCAUUUGUGUGUGUUGUGGUCAGGAUUGGUUCACUUGGCUUUCUUUGGAUAUUUUACUCAGGUUGCCCAAAUUGUUAUUUUUGUACACAAUCCUAGCAUAGUCAAUUGAGAACUGCAUUGCGCAAUCUUUUGUAUGUAGUGCACAUUGACAUACCAUUUUUAAGUACUCUAACCGCCGUGAAGUUCACGUCCAGGUAUCAGCGCUUUUUGGUGUCAAAAUCAUCAGCAGAAAAUGCUCAUUUGUGGCGCCAACACAAUUUGCAACAUCGGAAAUUAUGGAAAUACGAUGAGUUAUAUCUCCAUUAAAGGACAUUUUUUAUAAUACUACCUUAACUUGAAAGCAACAGUUUGGAGGGAAAUGAAAAAAAACAUACAAUUGUUUACAAUUACAUAGAACAGGGCAUACGUAGCUAACAAUAGACAAUAACCACUGUUAAAACAACUCUUCGCUAACUAAAGUGACGACAGUGGUGAUGAUGAAUCAGGGUGAGUAAUUUAAAAAAAUAUAUAUAUAUCAAAGUGUGUGCUUUUAAAUUAACUGUGUACUAUUUAUGAUGUUUAAGAAGGGAAACAAAUUCCUUACUAGCUACACAAAUGUGUCUAUAUUGUUUAUUACAUUUAUGUUUUUUGUUAGUCUUUUUACUCUCCUCAUUACUGCUUUUUGUUUUUUAGGUGUUAAAUUUUUUUUUGUCUUUUGUCAGGCACAUUGUUCACCACAUGCACAUCAACUGGGAUGAUGCAUCAGGAGUUUUUUGUGGGCAGAUGUUUGUGAAAGGAAGGGGGGGGCUCCAAUAUUAAAAACAAAAUCAAACAUUUGAAGUUAAUUUUUUUCCUCUUAUUUGCAGAGAUUUAUAGGAAUAAAGUCAGAAAUAAUUAAAAAAUAAUCUGCACAAUGGUGACCUUAUUCAAACUUUUACUAGUUCAACUUGUCCUCAAAUGUAGGUCAGUUAGCUUAAUGCUAAUAUAUAAUGGGAAAUGUCAUAGACGAGCUAAAAUAAAUAACAAUAUUAUAGAGUGCUAUUUUUCCUCAUUAAAAAACACAGCAACAAUUUUUCUUGUUGGUUCGCCAGCUAACGCCACAGCAUGAUAAUAAAACCGGCACAUUUUAAAUUUUAA